AUGAACUCUUCUAUCGCAGAGAUUAACAGCAAUGCAGAGGCUGAGUACCUUCUAAACACGUUUGGGGGUCCAGACCUUCGGAGAUCCCCUUGGAUAAAGUUGACGAUUCAAAAAGUAUAUGGUGAGAGAAAAGGCGAAGCAUUAGCAGCCCGAUUAGUGCAUGUCAAUGGAAAAAACAUCGGCGUGUUUGAAAAUACGACUGAGCAAGCUCCGUAUAUCUGUGAACGACAAUCUUUUCAAGUUUGUUGGGAAGGGUGGAAAGAAACUGGUAACCGCUGCUUCGAGUACUUCAGCACGAGGAGGGACUUCCUUUCAGCCGAGGCGGUCUGCCGCAAGCAUAACUCGCAUUUAGCCAGUAUUCACAGCAAGGAAGAGUUUGAUCGCCUUAUGAAAUAUGUCAGACGCACGUAUCGGUACUACGGAGUGUGGAUAGGUCUUUCUAUCAAAAAUGGUGUUAUCACAUGGACGGAUAAGAAGCCUCUAUAG